CUUACGAGGCUACAAGUGCAAGUCGAAUAUCGCUCCGUAUGUGCGCCAGGCGUACGGAUGUGCGGAAAGAGUAAGACCGCAAGCACAGUAAAAGGGCAGCACUGAUCAGCUGUGAAUUGCUAUUUAAUCAAAACAAAGCAGUUACUGUCCUUCCCUAUGAUCAAGUACCUGGUUGCCCCGAGUCGGGGUUCUUAAAUGUAGCGAUUACACUUCUUCUUCUGAUUCUGAAGCUUCAUUUUUGGGUGACAAAAUAAUAAAUUGGAUGUCUAUUCUACUCCUAUACUUCGUUUAUGAUUUCACAUUUUGUGCACAACUGAUCUUGCUCUAUUAUAGUUUAGGCGUAACAAGGAUUCCAGAUUCUGAAGUCAUGUCUCAAAAAUCAAGUUCCAUAGACAUUUUCGAUUUGCAAGACAUAUAUACACCCACUGGCGUACCUCUAAGAGGGAUUUACAAGCGAAGUUUUGCUUACAUAACAAUCAAAGACAGAUUACCAGUAAUUUUAACUAAAAUAAUUGAUACCUUGAGUCGUAACAAAGAAGAUAUUGCAAAACUAUAUGGGGAGCAUGUAUCCGAAGAAAUUAAACAGGUCAUAGGAUUUAUUAGUAAAUUAAAGAAUGAAAUGGUUACUAAUAAGACUUUGAAGCCUUUGCCAACAGUACCUGAUGCACAAGAUAAUGAUGCUGAUGAAUGGAAUAAAUAUCUGGUAAAACGGACUGAGAUAGAAGGAACUACACCUACAUGGUUUAAUACACUUUGGUUGUAUUGUGAAUGUUACAUGUACCGGACCCUUGCACAAGAAUUUGCUCUUAAAAAAUAUUUGCAUACUUAUGACGUUUUUCAACAACAGAAGCAAAGUGCUUUUACUGGUUCAUUAGUUAGUAUAGAAGCUUUGGGUGUUUAUACAGUGAACUACACAAAAACAGCAAACCUUUUAUCAUUGGAUGAUACAAUCCACGAAUUGUUCAAGUUUCUUCACCUAAACCUUUGGGGCAAUAAAUGUGAUUUAUCACUUAGUGCUGCAGCAGAAGUUAGUCAAAGCGAAAACUCCAUAGAAAUUCUGGAAUCAUUGCAAUCAGAUAUUCUAGUUGACAAUUCCAAAUUUGUUUGGAAUUUAUUAAGAAAAAUAAAAACUAAUGGCACAUGUAUUAUAGAUAUGGUACUGGAUAAUGCAGGGUAUGAAUUUUUUACUGAUUUAUGUUUAGCAACAUUUUUGAUGGCUAGUAAACUUGCCACAAAAAUAAGAUUUUAUGUAAAAAAAUAUCCAUGGUAUGUAAGUGAUAUAACAAAAAAUGAUUUUCACUGGACUCUGGAAUACAUGAAUAAUUCAUUGAAUAAAAAUUUAGAAGAAUUAGCUGAACUAGCAAACAAUUAUUUGAAAACUAACACAUGGAUUAUCGAGGAAGAAUCCUAUUGGACAGGACCAUAUGAUUUUGCCGAGAUGAGAGAACAUGAUAAAGAAUUAUAUGCAAAACUAUCAGAAGCCCAAUUAAUAAUAUUUAAAGGGGACUUAAAUUAUAGAAAAUUACUUGGCGAUAUAAAUUUUGCAUAUACCACGACAUUUACUGAAGCAUUAAGAGGGUUUCAACCAUCACAUAUACUUAGCUUAAGGACAAUAAAAUCAGAUGUCUGUGUUGGUUUGCAAUCAGGUAUAGCAGAUAAACUUUUUGAAAAAAAUGAAAGUUGGAUGUUUACGGGUCAAUAUGGGUUAAUUCAAACAACCUUUGCUGGAACUUGCGAAUGUUCUACUAUAUGUUAGAAAUGAAAGAAUGGAGAUACAUAGUUUUGUAUACUAUCUGAUUUCGUGCCUGUAUGUUAGUUACUAUGUGUUCAGUGUGUAUAAUUAACUGUACAUACGCAUACAGCAUGGCAACUAAAACUGUACAAGUUGUUUUUAUACUUCAAUUAUUAAAGUAGUUUCGACUGUUAAUAUUCAAUGGGUACCUGGAGUAUUAAAUAUUUCCAAUUAUUUACUACUACAAUUACAAAAAGUCACUAUGUAUUAACUAUUGUCAUAUUUUCUAAUUUAAAUACUUGUUGCAAAUACAAAUUUUCGAUACUUGAUUAUCUAGGA